CCUACCUAUCUCUCCCUCCACAAGUAAGAUCCUUAAUGUAAAUCAACACCCUAAUCUUUUCUCCCUUUGUAUUAGCUUUGUCAAAGAGAUCUCUAACUUGGUUUUCUAGUUUCUGCUGUUUACAUCUAACAUCCAUGCUUUUCAGCCUAUACUACUCUAUUACAAUGGAGAAGACAUCGUCGUCGACUAAUUCUAACUCGAACACAUUACCCUUCUUCGUUUUGAUCGAUGCAAUCUUGUUGCACGCGAUUUCUAACUGCUUAAGUAGAGUUCAGAAUGUUUUUUCAAGGUUUCAGUCUGUUCUCCUCCAAUCCCAAGACAGUUGUUGUAACUCGACAAAGGUUUUGAAUGAGAAGAAGUCGGCUUCUGAGCCAAGGCGAUUGCAGAUGACCUUCGAGAAGAGAGGUGAUGAUGGGAGUUUGAGAAGAGAAGAUGUGCAUAUGGUGAUGGGAGACUUGGGAGUUUUUUGCAGUCCAGAAGGUGAGCAACUGCCGGAGACGCUUAGUUCCGAUGAGCUUUCAGGGCUGUUUGAUGAGAAGGAGCCGAGCUUGGGGGAAGUGAAAGAAGCUUUUGACGUGUUUGAUGAGAACAAAGAUGGGUUUAUCGAUGCAAGGGAGUUGCAGAGAGCUCUUCGCAUAUUGGGGUUGAAGGAAGGAUCAAAGCUAGAAGACUGCCAGAAAAUGAUCAGGACCUUUGACGAAAACGGAGAUGGAAGGAUAGAGUUUAAAGAAUUUGUAAAAGUUAUGGAGGCCAGCUUUUGCUGAAUCAUUUUUUUCUUCUAUGUUAAGCUUAUAAGAUUUCAUGCAUCUGUAUUCUGUUCUUUAACGUCUUAGUAUAAUUCUUUCUUACUAAUGAAAACUUGAACAAAAAGAACUCA